AUGGCUGCUACAUGUGUCGAUGAGCUUCCUGUCCAGGAUGUCAACAGCUACGACUACAUUGUCGUAGGUGGUGGUACUGCUGGCUGUGUGAUCGCCGCUCGUCUGGCACAGUACUUGCCCAACAAGCGUGUCUUAGUUAUCGAAGGUGGCCCAAGUGACUUCUCCGAUGACCGAGUCCUGAACCUCAAGGAAUGGCUCAAUCUCCUGGGUGGCGAGCUGGACUACGAUUACCCGACCACCGAACAGCCCAAUGGCAACAGCCAUAUCCGUCACUCUCGCGCCAAAGUGCUCGGUGGUUGCUCAAGUCACAACACCCUCAUCUCUUUCCGCCCAUUUGAGUACGAUUGCCGCAAUUGGGUGGCCAAGGGUUGCCAGGGUUGGGACUUUGAGACCUUUACUCGUCUGAUCGAUGGCCUCCGCAACACUUUCCAACCCGUACACGGCCGCCACCGUAACCAGCUCUGCAAGGAUUGGAUCCAGGCAUGCUCUUCUGCCAUGAACAUCCCUAUCAUCCCCAACUUCAACGCAGACAUCCGCAAGAAUGGUGAACUCACUGAGGGUGCUGGUUUCUUUAACGUCUCUUACAACCCCGAUGAUGGCCGUCGGAGCAGUGCCAGUGUCGCCUAUAUCCAUCCCAUCCUGCGAGGCGAUGAGAAGCGCCCCAACUUGACCAUCCUCACCAAUGCCUGGGUGUCUAAGAUUAACGUUGAAGGUGAUUCCGUAACCGGUGUUAACGUGACCCUCAAGUCCGGCGUGAAGCACACCCUCCGUGCUCGCAAGGAGACCGUCCUCUGCGCUGGUGCCGUCGACACUCCCCGUCUCAUGAUGCUCUCUGGUCUGGGUCCCCGCGAGCAACUGUCUGCCUUGGGCAUCCCCGUUGUCAAGGAUAUUCCCGGUGUUGGCGAGAACCUCGUUGAUCACCCCGAGAGUAUCAUUAUGUGGGAGUUGAACCACCCCGUGGACCACGACAUGACAACCAUGGACUCCGACGCCGGUAUCUUCCUCCGCCGCGAGAGUCCCGAUGCUGCUGGAUUUGACGGCCGCGCCUCUGAUCUCAUGAUGCACUGCUACCAGAUUCCCUUCACACUGAACACCACUCGUCUGGGCUAUGACGAGCCCAUCAAUGCCUUCUGCAUGACCCCCAACAUUCCUCGUCCUCGCUCCCGUGGUCGCCUUUACCUCACUUCUGCCGAUCCCUCCGUCAAGCCCGCUCUGGACUUCCGUUACUUCACUGACCCGGAGGGCUACGAUGCCGCUACUAUCGUUGCGGGCUUCAAGGCUGCUCGUAAGAUCGCCGAGGAGUCGCCCUUCAAGGAGUGGAUUAAGCGUGAGGUCGCCCCUGGUCCUAACGUUCAGUCUGACGAGGAUCUGUCGGAGUACGGUCGUCGUGUGGCUCACACUGUGUACCACCCUGCUGGUACCACCAAGAUGGGUGACCUUGUCCGUGACCCUAUGGCCGUUGUCGACCCCAAGCUGAAGGUUCGCGGCUUGAAGAAUGUCCGUAUUGCCGAUGCUGGUGUGUUCCCGGAUAUGCCUAGCAUUAACCCCAUGUUAACCGUGUUGGCUAUCGGUGAGCGUGCGGCUGAAUUGAUUGCUGAGGAGGCCGGCUGGUCCCACUCCCAGCCCCGUCUGUAA